AUGAAGAUAGUCGGAGGGUUUAUUUUACUAUCACUUAUUAUAACUUGUUUUUAUUUCGUUGGAUUGCUGAAAUUCUUAAUUGAUCAUGACGAAAAUAAAUGCGGAAUGACUUAUAUGUAUGAAUUUCCUCAAUUUGUUAGAAUAGCUAACAAAGUAGACAAACAAUAUAGGAAAUAUGGAUUGUAUGCAUAUAGUGAAGGGCGACUUACAGAGAGAGCCAGAAAUAUGUAUUUUGAUGGUAUUCCUGUUUUAUUUAUUCCAGGAAAUGCAGGAUCCUGCAAGCAAGUUCGAUCCAUCUCUUCAGUUGCAUUGAGAAAAUCUCUGGAUUCUAGAAUCAACUACCAUUUUGAUUAUUUCACAGUGGAUUUCAAUGAAGAGUUGAGUGGCUUGUAUGGCCCACUUCUGUUUGAGCAGCUACAUUAUGUGAAUAAAUCACUUCACAGAAUUUUGGAGCUUUAUAAAGAUGGACAAAAUAAACCAAGAUCUGUUAUCAUUGUAGGACACUCAAUUGGAGGUAUAAUAGCUCUCAAUUUGGCUUCACAAUUAUCAAAUCCAAAGCUUGUUCCAUUGAUUAUCACUCUAGCAACACCUGUGAAACGCCCAUUUAUAAUAUUGGAUUACCACAUUGAACAAUUUUAUAACUACAAUGUUUCAAAUCUGCCUAGAUCUACAACAAUAAUAAGUAUUUCUGGGGGUUACAGAGAUAUUUUGAUACCCCCACAUUUGAUUGACAAUAUGAGUACUAUACAUGUUGCAACUACUAAUAUUCCAAUGUGUUGGUUGGAAACAAACCAUGUGGAGAUUGUAUGGUGCAAACAAUUAGUUAUGGCUUUGAAUAGGGCUCUUUUUGACAGUGUUGACCUAUCAACAAGGCAGAUAUCUAUGAAUUCCACCUACCGUAAUUCAGUUUUUCAUCACCAUCUGAUUCAUCAUAGUGGUAUCAGAAUUCGAAGUAGGGAAAAGUAUUCAGAAAUGACCAAGCUAGAUCAUAGAGGUCAAUGGAUUGAGAAUAUUAAAAAGCACUUCACAGUUAAAUAUAUGAGAGGUGUUGGUGAAACUCACUGGCACAUGGUGAGGUUAUCCACUCUGCCUGGUUAUGAAAUCUUGACAGUUCUGGCAUUGAAUUUGGAAACUGUUGAUUGGAUCUUUGCUUGCAAUGCUAAUCUGCCUAAAGGAUCUAGUAGAGUCUGUUCAGAAGCUAUCCACUUGACUCAUAUAUCCGAAAUCGCCCCUUCUAAGAAGUAUAAGAGACGAUAUUUCCAAAUAAACAUGAAGGAAGUGAUGAAAAAUCACCCAGAGAUGACCCACAUCGUAUUCAGAACUGUACCAACAAAUGAACCAGUAGUGUUUCAUGUUGACAUUCAUGAUGAAUCUGAACGACUCAUCACAGUGGAUUUACCGAAAUGGUGGUCGCCAAGGAAGCACGUUGUCAUCGAAAACUCUGCCGAAAAGGCGAUAGACUACGAAUUAGUUCUACCCCAACUUCAACACAUCACGCAGAAUUAUCAGUUGUCUCUGGAAGUAGUGAAAUGUCCGAUCAAAAAUCACCAUGCAUCGGCUAGCUUGUUAGCUCCAUGGAGUAAUGAGAAUUUUCAUGGAUUCAUCACAGAUACAGACAAUAAUCCAAUCAAUAUAAGAUUGUACAGUUCGAAACCUACUUCUGCGAAUCAUUCAUCAGCUUCAAUCAAACUAAAGCUAGAACCGGCGUGUACAUACCGUGUAAGUUUGCAAUCAACGAUUUUUGGUUCAUUAGGACAAAUAGCAAGAGUUUACACUCCCUUGCUCUUGACGAAUAUAGCAGUGGUUUUACUUAUGUCUUUGAGGUAUCAGUUGAAAACUUUAGGGAAAGGCUAUUGUGCCAUUAUAUUCGUGGCUUUGAGCGAAGGUACCAGGCCAUAUUAUGUGUUGACAUUAACAAAAUUCUUAUCACAAAUGUUGAAUUCGCCAAAUGCUGCCAGUAUUUUACCGAGACCAGACAUUAAUUAUUUGAUGAAUGAAGGAACCGAUUUCUUCCUUUUACCUCUACUUUUAUUCUUGUGCAGUGUUGGAAUUACGUGGAUUUUGGUUAUAGUUUUCAGCAUUUCACUGAUUGCCAUGGAAUCGACUGUGCAUAAGUUAUCACUGAGGUUUUUGGCGCGUGCUGCAAAUUUGAAAAUAUCAUGGACGGACCAUGUGAUGAAUGUAUUGCAUAAAGUACCUAUUGUCGUGGCAUUCUUAUUGGUCUUGCUGUCCAUAACAACUUGCGGAGGACUGGCACUAUGUUUGGGAAUGGUGUUUUAUUUUUUGAGGCUCACUCAAAUGUCUCAAGAUUUUGUGGAAGAAGUAGUAUGGUAUACUCUGAAAAAAAUAGCAAAGAAGUUCAAGGGUUGGUUCAGUAAAAAAAGGAUCGCAAGUACUGACCAUCCGAGUAUUGAAAAUAUCAAAGAAGAAAUAACCGAACAAGAACAAGAACAGCCAUCAAAUGAAAAGAAUACAAAAGACGGAGGAAAUCCAACAACUUCUACGAAUGCAGACGGUGAAAAUUCAGGGGAAGAAUCACCUGAAGAAAUUGAUGAAGAACAAGAUGGUUCAGUUGAAAAAGACAACGAAAUCCUUGAUAACAGUACUGAUCGAGAACAUACUGAAGAUGUCGACGAAGUAAGAGACGAAGGUCAGACUGAAACUAUUGAUGAAGGUACUCCUGAAGAGGACAGUGAAUUAUCCUCUGCUUACAAUGCUAUUUUCUUUCAUUCUACUUUGUUCUUUCUGUGGUGUAUAGUUACCGUCAUUAAUAUACCGGCUGUCUUGACGUGGGCACAUAACUUCAAGUAUAACACAUCUCUGACUCCAGAUAGUUCUUUCAUUCCUGGUGUCAUUCUGAAUAUGUGUGCAUUAGCACUGUGGCAGUUUGAAUUUCCCAAAACUGGAAGAAAAUGGUCCGACAAAUUGGAAAUAAUUAUAAUGGCGUUGGCCAUAGCUAGUUUGCUGUUUGCCACUGUAUCUUUAUACAGACUGAACUACAUACUUACCUUCACCAUUGUGAUAGUGACGUUACAUCAGUUAUUUGCUCCGAAAUGUGAUGAAAAUAAUGUUUCCUUGGAAGGAAAUGAUUCUAGCGACGAUAGAAAUAAAUAUUCAAACAUCAAAUCUAAAAUGCAGUGA